AUGGCGUUCGUUUUAGUAUCAGGAAAAUCUAGCAAAGCACAAUUAGUAGCGAUAGCCGAUGCAGCUUCGUUUUACUGUGCUAUUUUUGUAUUGGGUUUGCUUUUGAUUAGUUCAGUGAAAGAGAAUUAUUCAACAGACGGAGCCGUAAUGAAAGGGAAUCGGUUCUUGAGUCGGCCUUGUGAUGAAAUUUAUGUGGUUGGAGAAGGAGAAACGUUACAUACGAUUAGUGAUAAGUGUGGUGAUCCUUUUAUUGUUGAAGAGAAUCCACAUAUUCAUGAUCCUGAUGAUGUUUUUCCAGGUCUUGUAAUCAAAAUUACUCCUGUAAACCCAUCGUAG